CUAACCCUCCACUCCGCCACCCCCGCCGAACACGCAACCGCCACCCAUUUCAACAGCACCCAGUGGAAAACCCCCCUCACCACAGCAGCCUACCUCGCCCGCGAACAAGCCCUCCUCAGCCAGCCCCUCGCCGCCAACGGCAAGCUAACAUGCUGGAUCCUCAUCGACCCCACCGACCCCACAACAAUCCUCAGCGCCUGCGAAACCUACCGCCGCCGCGCCCUCGUCGCGCGCAACGGCACCCUCCAGGAAGUCACCGGCUACGGCAUUGCGAACCUCUACUCGCGCCCGGAGUUUCGACGGCAGGGGUACGCAUCCCGCAUGUUGCGCGAGCUGGUGCGCCAGUUGGCCGGGCCCGGUGGGGGGGAUGCGCGGUUCGUGAUGGGGUUUUCUGAGAUUGGGACGGGGUUUUAUAAGGGGUUUGGGGGGAGGGGGUUCCCUGCGGUGGGGUGGGGGGUUUCUGCUGCGCAGUUGGACACUAGUACCAUUCAUGGGGAAGCGGAGGAAGGGCUUGGGAAGGCGGAGGGGAUACGGGAUUUACUGGCUGAGGAUGUUCGCGCGUGUAUGUGUAGUGAUGCGGCGCUGGGUCGGUUGCGGGAGCGGAUGAGGUGCGCUUCGUUGCGGGAAGGAAGGUUAGCUGGUGGUGCUGGUGCUGCGACGGUGCACUUCGCCAUCAUCCCCAGCUGGGAGCAUUUUGCGUGGUUCCAGGCGCGCGAGGACCUCACGGCCCGGCUGAUGGAGCCGCCGCGGCCGGUGCCGUUGAUCAAAGGGGCCGGGGAUGAUGAGGCUGGGGUGUGCUGUGCGUGGAGUCAUGAUUAUGGUGAUCUACCCGAGAAUGGGGUUUUGUAUAUCCUGUAUUGGGUGUGUGGGAAGGGGGAUGAGGAGGGGUUUGCGGUGGAGUCGGCGGAGGGGCGGCGGGUGGUACGGGCUAUCGCGGGGAUUCUGCGGCGAGCGCAGCGCGAGGCAUGUGAGGCGGGGCUGCGGAGUGUGCGGAUGUGGAAUCCUACGCCUCUGAUCAAAAAGGCUGUGGAGGUGGUGGCGGGGGAGCAGGGGGUUCCGGUGGUGGUGGGCGAGACGGGGAGUAUUCCGGGGUUGUGGUGGAUGGGGGCGGAGGGUCCGGAGGAGACGGUGGAGUGGGUGUGUAAUGAGAAGUAUGCUUGGUGUUGA